UUUUUUCUAGAAUUGUGAUUGAAACAAGCAAAGAUUUAUAUCUAUGCACUCAAGUAUUUUACAACAAUAUUAUUACACAGAGAUUUUAUUAAAGUUGUAAUAUCUCGCUGAUGCAUCAAGACAAGCACUCUGUUUUCAUAGCCCAACAUCAAUUCUAAUUUUUAAAGGUAAGAAUUUUUCUGUCAGUUUGUGAACUGACAGUCAAAUAACUCUUUUAUAGACCUGGAAAAAAUACUCAUUUGUUUCCUGCACUGCUAUGAUUUUUGUUUGGAUUUAAUAGUCACACAGUUACCUCACUACAGACACUUGCAUUAGAAAUAAAUUGGGAACACUAAUGGAUGAAUGUAUUCCUAAUGCUCUGCGUAAACAACAUAUCUCAAAAUUUGAAUCUUUUAUAAACAUCACUUUUCCUCUAGUUUAAAGUACUGCACUUUGCAAUCCUAUUUUUAUGAAAAAUGCAAGGAGAUUGUCAGCGUCAUGUAGAAUAGGAAGAACUAAAUAGCUCUAUGUGUGUGUGUGGUGAUUCAGAACAGCUGGUCUGCAAACAGCUGGACUGUAGACCACAUUUUUUUUUUUUACUGAUCUGGGUGUUGGCUUGUAACUGCAUAUGGGGUUGGAAGAUUCUUGAUAGAUAAGUUGAAACCAACAAUACAGUCAAUCCUAAAGGACAGAGAGUUGAAGGAGAAUGAAGUAAAGUACUCAAGUAUGGAUAAAGCUCAAAUUUUCUCAUGUUCAUUGUGAAUUACCCAUGUAUGGAUAACAGAAAUGUGGAACAACAUGCAGCAGUCCCCAUGGCUCCACGUAUAUUUCUUAUUUGUUUCUGCCUUGGCUUGGAGUUCUCUCGUGCAUUUCCACAAUGGAGCAACAGAAGUAGCUACAGAAUGUCUACCAGAAGGACAUCGUGUUCUACACAAUGCUUAUCGCAGCAUCCAUUUCGAUUCUCUGGAAUUACAGGAAACUGCCAUUCAUGAUAUGAUCUGUGACCAUUCUCUUCCACAAGGCUGGUACCGCUUCAUGAUUGACAACAAGCCUGCAGAAAUGCCAACAAAAUGUAUAGAAAUGAACAAAUGUGGAACACAAGCUCCAGUGUGGCUGUCACUUGAUUACGACUCCCUUCCACUUCCUGGUGAGAGAAAGCCAUUAACAGCUUGUGCAACCUGGCAGUUCUUUUACGGAAGUACCAAAGAUUGUUGUCUGUUCCGGAUACCCAUAUCAGUUAGACACUGUGGGGAGUUCUUAGUUUAUCUCUUGCAACCAACUCAAGGAUGUAUGGGCUACUGUGCAGAAGUUGUUGAAGAAUCACAAGUAAACUACUUUGGUUCAGCAGAAAUGGAAUUAGAAGAUAUAUUUCAAGGAAAAUUACAGGAUCCAUCUUUAAAGCCAGUUGUCGCUCCUGAGCUUGUGGGAGGCCGUACCUACCUUAAAUGCAUUUUCAGCAGUGCACCUUCCGAUUAUUCCAUGGGCUACAUGGUGGUCUGGUCACGCCUUUCCACAUCCAGCAUGAAAGAACAGCUUCAUCAUGAGACAACAUUGCAGACACUUUCUUAUGUGGAGAUGGAUGGAGUUAAUUUCAGAUUGGGAGAUACGGUCUUUUGCACUGUCACAGCUUUUAGGUGGGAUUCUCUUGAGCACCAGUCUUCCCCAGAAGAAAGUGAUGGAUUCUAUGUUGGGAUUAAGUUUGUGCCUGAGUCCUUACAAAUUGAAGAAGACGGCCAGGAGCAUAUUUUGACAAUCCUAAGUACCAUCCCCAUUACCUGUCUGGACCAGGAUGACAUUUGUAAAAUUACUUUGCAACUGAGUACCCAGGAUUCUGAUACAAAGGUACAAAGGACCCCAGACAUAGCUCUUUCAAGAUGUCAAGUGGAUCUGGAACAUAUGCCCUGCAUGGAAGGCAGCUGUGCAAGAGCAUCACUAACAGUAAAAGCCACAAGUGAUUUUGCUGAAGAAGGGAACCUUGUCAGCUACAUCAGAGCUGAACUGGUCCAAACAAGUGAGCCACUCUGGCGAGAUUACACACCAACAGAUGUGAAGGUUACAGUUCAAGAUAUUCCCACAGAGAACUGUUACUCUUUCACUGAUCCACACAUCAUCACUUUUGAUGGAUGGCAUUAUGAUAACUACAAGCUUGGAACUUUUGUUCUGUACAAGAGCCUUAACCGAUUGUUUGAGGUACAUGUACGUCACUGGCACUGCAGCAGCCAACACCUCUCCAUUGCUUGCAGCUGUGGUGUUGCUGCAUGGGAAGAUAAUGAUGUUGUCAUCCUUGACAUGUGCAACAAGCAACUGCCAGAAACCAAACCUCAGUUGGUAAUUAAAAGCAUUGGAGGCACAUCGCAACGGAAUGUCAGAGUCAUGAAGUCCUAUGGAGGCAAGAAAAUAACUAUCUCAUUCCCUUCAGGCGCAUUUGUUCGAGCUGAUGUAAGUGACUGGGGAAUGAGUUUGACAGUAAGGGCACCAAGCAUUGAUUUUAACAGCACCAGAGGUUUAUGUGGCAUCUUUGACAGAAAUAGUCAGAAUGACUUCCACAGGACUGAUGGGAGCCCUCUCCAGUCUCACAAGAAUAGCUCAUCUGAAGAAGACUUCAUAGAAACUUGGAGAAUAGCUCCAGGGAUGAGUUUGUUUGACAAGACACCACCUCUAUCUGAGUGGAAGAGGAAGAAACAUUAUUGUCUAUGCCAGAAGGAGCAUAUGCUAUAUCGGCAGUCACAAAAUACCCUGAACACAUUUCAGAAUUCUCCCCCACAGUCUUUGUAUUGCUUUUAUGAGAGUGUGGUUUACACUUCUAUAAUUCCAUAUAUAGAUGUCACAUCAGAAUAUGCUGCUAACAUGAAAAAUGAUUCAACUCUACUAGCUGAUGAUAAAUUAUCAACCAGAACUUCUGAUACAUGGAAUUUAGCCCCCCAACCCAGAAGAGAAGACAAGCCUGAUGUCUCCCCAAAACCAAAUGAGCAAAAGAGUUCCUUGAAAGAAACAGAAAAUGAAACUUUUGUUGACUCCUUUAAUCACUGGAAGAAACUAUCAAGAGAAAAAAGGCAAGAUGAUUAUUGGGAAUACACAUCUCUUUCAUCUUUUCUAAACCCCAAUCAAGCUGAUUUGGAAAGUUUUACAUAUUUUUUUCCGGAUGACUAUUUUGAGGGGAAGUGGCCUAAAGCACAGGUCACAUGGCCUACUCCAAAUGGCUUAACCUUAGCCAAAGCCUUAGCAAACUGCAAGAAGCUCCUUGAAUAUUCUGCUAUUGGCUCAGCUUGUAAGGGACCUCUUGGGACACAGUUGGAUGUGGCCAUUGAAAUGUGCCUCUCCGAUGUAGGGUGUAAGGAUGACCUUACAUGGGGAGAAUCAAUUAUUCCAUUUCUAGAGAAUGAAUGUGAAAAAAGAAUACUUGUACAAAACCCAACAGAAUUGUUUCACUCCACAAGAGAACUAUCUAGUAUGCAUAAAGAAAUAAUCAAUACCCUCAGGUGUCCCAAUCUCUGUAAUGGCCAUGGAAAUUGCACUACGCGGGGAUGCCAGUGCUUUCAAGGAUACACUUCCCAUGACUGUGGAAUUGCUAAAGAGUAUCCUGUUGAGAUCACAGAUCUACUCAAUGGUGGUUUCUGUGAUGUACGCAUUUCUGAGUGUCGCAAAAUUGAAGUGUUUGGACAUGGCUUUACUGACUCUCCCAAUCUUCACUGUGAAAUCACCAAAUUGGCUCAUCAUAAUGGUGAUUGGAGACCCAGCAAACAUGAAACCAUAAAACCAAAGUUUUUGAAUCAGACAGCAGUGGAGUGCCAGAUUCCUGCUCUCAACAAUACAAGGAUAGAAGGUGUUCGUUUCAUGAUGGAUGUUGAACCGUAUGCAAGAUGGCAAGUGAAAAUUUCUAAUGAUGGAUUCCAGUACAGUAAUUCAAAAGUUCUGACCUUGUAUGACGGAGUCUGCCAGGAUUGCGAAUUCCACCAAAAUGGGCUUUGUAAAUUAAAGGAAAAUGCUUGCAUUAUAGAAGGACUGUGCUAUGCAAAAGGUGAUUCAAGCACGACCAGCCCUUGUCUUCUGUGUGACUCUUCAGUUUCUCAAUUUACCUGGGCCCACAAUGAAAAUAACUUGCCACCUGUUUUCCAUGCCCCAUCUGACCAGCUUCUGACAUUUGAGGGAGAGAAUUUUGUUUACCAGCUGCUAGCACUGGAUCCUGAGAAGUCAGCAGUGCUGUUUACUUUAGAAAGUGGCCCUCCAGAAGCCUCUCUCUCCCCAGCUGGCCUCCUCAUCUGGAAAGUUGGCUUUGGAGAAUCAGAAAGCUUUGACUUCACAGUGUCUGAUGAAUGCAAUGCCCAAAGUAGACACACCAUUCAGGUUUCUGUGAAGCCUUGUGGCUGCUUAAAUGGUGGAACAUGCAUCACCAAUGUUAACUUUCCUUCAGGUCUUGGCAAAUACUUGUGCAUAUGUCCCAAUGAAUUUGAAGGAGAACACUGCCAGAACAGUCAUAAUUAUUGCAAAUCAAAUCCCUGUGCCAUUGGCUCCUGUAUUGAUCAGACAGAUAGUUAUAUUUGUAAAUGCCCAGCUGGUUGGAAAGGGCUUACUUGUCAAGAGGACAUAAAUGAAUGUGAAGAGAAUGUUUGUUUUCCUGGUGUCUCUUGCACAAACACCAUGGGAUCCUUUGUAUGUGAUAACUGUCCCCAUGGGAUGAAAGGUGAUGGCAGAAAGUGCAAGUCUGAGGACACUGCUGACAUGAUGGAAGUUUUCAUUGCCGAUAAUCAUAAUAGUAAAGGUGAACAGGAAAACAGUGAAGCCAAACCGUCACUGAAAGCCAGAGAAGUGAAGUCCUUGCCUGCAAUUAAGUAUGUUAAUACCAGCAAGGUGCAUGGUCAUGUCGCAGUUCUGCCAUCUAUUACAAAUUGUGCCAGCAGACCGUGUUUUCCUGGAGUUGUAUGCAUUGAUCGAAAACCUCCAGAUACUGGAUACUUCUGUGGUCGAUGUCCAACAAAUUUCUCUGGAAAUGGGCGGAUUUGUACAAGAGCUUCUAGACCAGCGUCAAGAUCUAUUCAGAGUUUGACUGAAGCUUUUGUGAAAGGCACUAGAGAAGUCAAGGUUUCUUCCACUCAAGGUGACAUAAAGAAAUCACAAAAGACUAAUCCAACAGGCUUGCGAGUCCAUGUGCCCAAAGUAGAAGCAACUUUUGCCAUGGCAAGAUAUCCCAUAACUGUUGAUCUUCCUCCACCAACCAAGGAAAGGGUGGACACUCUGUCUCAUACCUCAUCUGUGAUGAAACUGACUCCAGAUUCCAAACUGUCUAAAAGCUCUGUUUUGUCCAAUGAAACAAAAAGUACUAUCCUGAACAUCCAUCCACACCAAAAGAGGAGAAGAAUACCACAAAGGGUAGCUCAUAUCAUUUCAGAUUAUAAACACAAUGAUCGAUCAUAUAUCACAGGGAAUUCAUCCAGCCAUCAAGAACUACAUGCAAGGUUGUUCACUGUAAGGCCUCGUGUUGUUGGACAGUCCCAUGGCUCAUUUGACAUGUUGCCUUCCAGAAAACAGUCUACUGGAACCUCAACUAUGCAGACUGUAUCUGUCCGUGGUUUUAAAGUGGGUCAAUCACAGACAUCAAUUUUAACAACACCAUUCACCUCUUCUUUCCAUCUGAAAACUGCUUUUUCUGGUAGAAUCCGCCCAGCAGGGAUUUUCUCACAAUCAAGGAUUCCAGCGUUGACCAGAAAGCCUCAUGCUUCAGCACCAAAACAUUUGGCACUUUCCAGACCUAUUACUAAAUCACUGCUUGUCAGGAAAAUCACUUGUGAAGAUAUGCCAUGUUUCAGUGGUGUUCACUGUGAACCAACAAAAGACGAGGCAUUCAAAUGUGGACCCUGCCCCAUAGGACAUAGUGGUGAUGGAAUUCAAUGUCAUGUUUGUGAUCCGUCAUGUCAAAAUGGAGGGACAUGUAUAGCUCAAAACAUCUGUUCCUGUGUUUAUGGAUUUGUUGGUCCUAGGUGUGAGACAAUGAUAUGUAACAGGCACUGUCACAAUGGAGGGAAAUGUGUAGCACCAGAUGUAUGUGAGUGCAAGCCGGGAUGGAACAGCCCUAUCUGCGAGACAGCUGUUUGCGACCCUGUUUGCUUAAAUGGUGGGACCUGCAUUCAGCCAAAUACUUGUGCCUGUCCACAUGGUUUCCUUGGACCUCAGUGUCAGUCCGCUUUUUGCCACCCUCCUUGUAAAAACAAUGGGCAAUGUAUGCGAAACAAUGUGUGUUCCUGCAUGCAAGGUUAUGUUGGAAGAAGAUGUCAGAUAAGUAUCUGUGAUCCCAUGUGUAUGAAUGGAGGACGAUGCAUAAGCCCUGCUGUCUGUGACUGCCCAUCUGGUUGGAAAGGAAAGCACUGCAGUAAACCUGUUUGUUUGCCUAGCUGCUUGAAUGGCGGUGAAUGUAUUGGACCAAAUGUUUGCCAGUGUUCAGAAGGAUGGGUAGGACUUCUAUGUCAGAUUUCUCUUUGUAAACCAAAGUGCCAGUUUGGGGGCAGAUGUAUCAAGCCAAAUGUGUGUUCAUGCAGAAAUGGAUAUGGUGGCCCAGACUGUGGAAAAAAGCUCCCUAAAGGAUGAAGAAAACAAAAGGAAGACAAUGAAGACAUUCAUUUUGGGAUGCUAAGGCACUUUGUUUUCUAUUUAAGGGUUGGCUGGCAAUGCACUGCAAAGAGAAUGCUAAAUUUCCGCCUCCUGUGUCCCUUCACUACAAGCAUUAAGUCAUGUCAAGAAAUUACUGAUUCCGGAGCAUACUCUAACAGCUUUAGCUAGUUGCCAAUGUCACAUUAGGUGACAUUCCUCUCAAUCUCAAUUUUUUUUCUUCUGCACCACACUGCCAUUACCUUGGCUUAUUCAAUGAAUGCAAGUGACGAAUUCAACGGUAACUCUGAGAUUGCUGAAGAAAGACUGCCGUUUUUACUAGCUUUAGAUUCCUUGAAGCAGCCUAAACUGAAAGUGAUAAGAAAUCCCCCUAUUCCAUUCCUUGUGUUCCUUUUGUUCACUCCAGCAUAGUGUGUGUGUGUGUGUGCAUGCACCUUGAAGACUCCUGUUGAGUUAUGUCAACCCCAUGGGUUUUCUUAGACAAAAAAAUACUCAAGAGUGGUUUUGCCACUUCCAUCCUCUGAAAUGUAGCCUACAGCAUCUAGUAUUUAUAAGUGGUCUCCCAUCCAGGUACUAGCCAGGAAAUUGUACCUUUAAAGUAUUCAUAUGCACACCUCACUUCUUUUGCUCCAACCUAGAGAAUCCCUAAAAUUAAUUCCAGAACGGAAGUAUACAGUUUGCCUCAGCUUUCUGUUCUUUGCUUACCUUAUCCUACAAGAUUACCAGUAUCAAUUUAUGCAUUGAUAAAAUAGUAUUGGCUGGUGGCAACUAUUUUAAUUUAGCCAAAUGCAUGAUAAUAUCAGGUUUCUAAAGCAUGGUUUUACAUUGGUGCAAGAAUGCCUGUGCCUAUCAGUAAAAACUGUUGAUUAAUGUAAGAAACUGUAGUGGAUCUCUUAAUCAGAGUAACUAAUGUGCUAGGCAGAAGUCAAAACAAUUUACCAUCCCACUCCACCUGAAAUGCAAUGUCUACCAGAGAAAGACGUCAAAUGCAAUCUUCUUUGUAAGGUAUAUAAAAGUAGUUUUACUCAUGUGCAUAAUCAACACAAGUUCAUCUUCUUGAAGAAAGGUAAGUAAAGGAAGAAUACUGCAUGGUAUCACGAAAUGUGGAGCAUCUCACUAGAUAGAGGACAGAGAGGGAAAGAGUGAGUGAAGGUGAAACUUCAGAGAACAAAGGAAGGCUAUGUGAUUUAUUAAGAGAGUAGACGUAGACAAAAAUCUAUACAAGCAGGAAGUUGGCAAAAACAUGCUGUGCUUAAACUCCUAAACAGGGCCAUAUUAUUUGAUCAACACUGGGAAUAGGCAUGAGGAGGUUGCUAACUCUAACAGAAGUAUUGUACCUGCAUCAUACAGCCUUGACAAAUGGGAACCCAACCCUUUAAGGCAGUGGUUCUCAACCUGUGGGUCCCCAGGUGUUUUGACUUUCAACUCCCAGAAAUCCUAACUCGCUGUGAUUUCUGAGAAUUGUAGGCCAAAACACAUGGGGGCCCACAGGUUGAGAACCAUUGCUCUAAGGACUAAAUUUCAAAAAGAGCCAAGGUUCUUCAUAUUCUAGGCAAAAUGAAAGUAAAGAGCAGGAUAGAAAUAUUCUCAUCUCUUAUGUUCAUUUUGAUUGGUAAUCAUUCAAAGCAAAAAGUAAGUUAAUCAAAUUACAAAUUGGUCAGUUGAUGGUUCAUGCGGAGUCUUACAGGAAGAAAGUUGUGUCCAUCAAAUUCAAUCCACAUUCCUUUAGUUUUUUGUUAAAUAUUGAGGGAGAGGAAAUUGAAGGCAUCAACCUUUAAGUAACAUGCAUUUGUUUGAAAGCCAAAAGGCGCACUUACAUGCAUCCAAACAAUCUCCAAGUGAGCAAAAUAACUUCCAGAUAGGAAAUUUUAGUUAUCAAGGAUAUGGCUGCUAUUUGAUGUAACUUAAUAAACCAAGGGCAUGUCUACAUGGACCAAAUGUAUCUAGGGAUUUAUGCUUUAAACCAAUUUUGUAUCACUUUGGGCAACACCAAGAGGUAUCCAGGAGUUUUCUUGACAUUCUGGAAUAUAUCAGGACUUUGAAGCAGUCUGUACAUCUGGAUUGGAUCCAAUUUGGCCUGAUCCCCUGUCCAGCUGGACCCUGUUGCUAUUGCUCUUGUGCCUGUUCCGACAUCAAUAGAGGUGAUCAGGCACUUAGUUGGAGCUCUAUAGCUGGCUAGGAGAGAUGCCAUUUUGUUUUGAAUUCCAUCAGCCUCCAAAGCACUUACUGAGACC